AUUUGUGUUUCAUUCUUUGCCACAUCUUCACGAUUUCCUUUUGGGAUUUUUAUUAUGUAUGUCUUCAUCAUACGAGAAUUUGAGGGCCUGGUUCUCUCUCACACACACAAAAUAAAACACAUCCUGUUACUCGAUUCUUGAUUUCCCAUUCCUAGUUUUCCUAUUUCUCUUUCUCAUAGGGUACCAACCAUAAAGCAAUUUACCAAAAAAAAAGGUACCAUAAAGCAAUGCACUCCAGGUUAUGACACUUGUUCUUAAAGUGCCAACAACGAUCAUCAGAGGAAGGGGAAACUUUGAAGCAGUAAAUGGACACAGAAGAUGGGACAAAGUUGUUUUUAGAAAGCGGGUAUCAAUGAGUAUGGCAGUGAGGAUGUCAAGCACAUCCAUGCAAUAUCUUGACAAACCUUCAGAACUGCAACAAAAUGCAAUCAUGGUGAAUGGUUGUACUGGUAAAAUGGGCAAGGCAGUUGUUGAAGCAGCUGUUUCAGCAGGACUCCAUGUAGUUCCUGUAUCGUUUAGCAGUUCGGAAGUGUCUGGGAAAACUGUGCAAGUGGGAGGGAAAGAGAUCCAGGUGUAUGGUCCUUCUGAUAGAGAAAACAUAUUAGCUUCUACAUUCGAUGAGUAUCCAAACUUGGUUGUGGUGGACUACACAGUGCCUGCUUCUGUGAAUGAUAACUCAGACCUAUACUGCAAAGUUGGGGUGCCCUUUGUUAUGGGAACCACUGGUGGAGACAGGGAGCGACUCUAUAAGACAGUACAAGACUCAAACGUUUAUGCCGUGAUCUCUCCUCAAAUGGGAAAACAAGUCGUUGCAUUUCUUGCUGCUAUGGAGAUUAUGGCUGAGCAAUUUCCUGGAGCCUUCUCUGGGUAUUCGCUACUGGUGAUGGAGUCUCAUCAAGCGGGCAAAGUGGACACAUCUGGAACUGCCAAGGCUGUUAUCUCAUGCUUUCAGAAACUAGGUGUGUCUUUUGAAUCCGAUCAGAUACACAUGAUCCGAGAUCCAGAGCAACAACUUGAGAUGGUGGGUGUGCCAGAGGAGCACCUGUCUGGUCAUGCAUUUCAUGUGUAUAAUCUCACAUCACCUGAUAAAACAGUUUCCUUUGAGUUUCAGCAUAAUGUUUGUGGUAGAUCAAUAUACGCUGAGGGCACCAUUGAUGCUGCAAUUUUCCUUGCUCAGAAGGUUCGGUCGAAGGCAGAAAAGCGAAUCUACAAUAUGAUUGAUGUCUUGCGCGAAGGUAACAUGCGAUAAUAGCUGGAAGCAAUUGUGGAGUUCCAAUUGAUCAAAAUUAGGGGUGUUGGGUAAAACAAAAUUGAAGCUAUAGGUAACUGAAAAAAGUCCGGAGACUAAAAUCCAUUGAUAGUUGAUCUAAAUCCAGUUCUUUCUUAUGCAUCAUCACCGGGAAUUUACGAUUUUAGUGAAAGAGGAAGGCAAUUUUGGGUUUAGGGUUUUAGGGUUAUAUGCCUCAGCACAAAUGUUACUGUGAGCAAACUUUUUUCAUUAAAUGCUCAAAGUUUGCCUUGAUA